AUGUUGGAAAAAAAGUUUUAUAAACAAUAUCAGUGUGGAAAGACUUUCAGACAGAGCUCCAGUCUUGCUAAGCAUCAGAGAGUUCACACUGGACAGAAACCUUAUGAAUGUAAUCGGUGUGGAAAGACUUUCUCAAGAAUUUACAUUGGAGAGGAACCUUAUGAAUGUAUUCAGUGUGGAAAGACUUUCACACAAAGCUUGAGUCUUAUAAACCAUCAGAGAAUCCACACUGGAGUGAAACCUCAUGAAUGUUAUCAUUCCCUGCUGCCUUUGGGCAGCCAACUGCCCCUCUCCACCAUCCCAACCCAGAGCCCGCUGGCACUAGCGGCUGCGGGCGGUCAGCUUGCAGAUGACCAAAGGAUAUUCCAAGGAGAGACACUGGAGCCAGAGAGGAUGGCCCCAGGGACCCAGAGACCCUCAUCCCAGGAGUUGGUGACAUUCAAGGAUGUGGCUGUGGACUUCAUGGAGGAGGAGUGGCGCCUUUUGGACCAUUCGCAGAAAGAGCUGUACAAGGAGGUCAUGCUGGAGAAUGUCCAGAACCUGCUUUCUGUGGGAAUUCCAGUCUCUGGAGAAGAUCUGAGCUCCCCUUUCCAGGAAGGUCCAAGGGGCUUCUGUCCAGGUGUAGAGACCAGGUUUGAAGUGAAGGAGAUGACUACCAUGGUGACUACAAUGACUACAAUUUUUAUGGAAGAAUUUGGCCAGCAUAGAUUUGAGAGUGAUGGUGCUUGUACCAGAGAAAUCUCUGAGUCUAAUACCAAGGUGGAUAAAAAUCCUAAAAGAAUCUGUGAGUUUGGUGAAAUUCUAAAUAACAGUAAGAGAAUGACUUCAUGGAAUGACUCUUUUCAGGACAGUGAAGAUAAUAAAUGCUUUCCUAAACAACUAGAGUAUUUUGAGGCUCAGGAGAAGUCUAUUGAAAGUCAGAUUUAUCGAGGGAGUCAUCUGGAAAUGACCAUGAAUUUGAAUUCUGAUGUCAUUAGAAAUCAGAAAAGUUCUAUUGGGGAAAAGCUUUAUGGAAGUAAAAGAGGUGAGAAAGCCUUCAAUCAGAACUCUAAGCUCAUUACUCUUCAGAAAUCUCACAUUAGAAAGGAACCUUAUGAAUGUAAUCAAUGUGGAAAGACUUUCACACACGGCUCCAGUCUUGCUGCACAUCAGAGAAUCCACAGUGGAGAGAAACCUUAUGAAUGUAAUCAGUGUGGAAAGGGUUUCACACACAGCUCUAGUCUUGCUGCACAUCAGAGAAUCCACAGUGGAGAGAAACCGUAUGAAUGUAAUCAGUGUGGAAAGACUUUCAAACAGAGCUCCCAUCUUGCAGCACAUCAGAGAAUUCAUACUGGAGAGAAACCUUAUGAAUGUAAUCAGUGUGGAAAGGCUUUCAUACAGAGCUCCAAUCUUGCUGCACAUCAGAUAAUUCACACUAGAGGGAAACCUUAUGAAUGUAAUCAGUGUGGAAAGGCUUUCACACAGAGCUCCAAUCUUGCUGCACAUAAGAGAAUCCACACUGGAGAGAAGCCUUAUGAAUGUGAUCAGUGUGGAAAGGCUUUCACAUACAGCUCACAUCUUGCUGCACAUCAGAGAAUCCACACUGGAGAGAAACCUUAUGAAUGUGAUCAGUGUGGAAAGGCUUUCACACGGAGCUCCUAUCUUGCAAAGCAUGAGAGAAUCCACACUGGAGAGAAACCUUAUGAUUGUAAUCAGUGUGGAAAGGCUUUUACAUUUAAUUCCAGUCUUGUUGAACAUCAGAGAAUCCACACUGGAGAGAAACCUUAUGAAUGUAAUCAGUGUGGAAAGGCUUUCACAAUGAAUUCCAGUCUUCUUGCACAUCAGAGAAUCCACACUGGAGAGAAACCUUAUGUAUGUAAUCAGUGUGGAAAGGCUUUCACACAGAGCUCCAAUCUUGCUGCACAUAAGAGAAUCCACACUGGAGAGAAGCCUUAUGAAUGUGAUCAGUGUGGAAAGGCUUUCACAUACAGCUCACAUCUUGUUGCACAUCAGAGAAUCCAUACUGGAGAGAAACCUUAUAAAUGUAAUCAGUGUGGAAAGGCUUUCACACAGAGCUCCAGUCUUGCUGGACAUAAGAGAAUCCACACUGGAGAGAAGCCUUAUGAAUGUAAUCAGUGUGGAAAGGCUUUCACAUACAGCUCACAUCUUGCUGUACAUCAGAGAAUCCACACUGGAGAGAAGCCUUAUGAAUGUGAUUAG